UCAAACAUUCAUUCAUGGAUUACAGCUGUGAACAUUUUUAUGAUCAGAAAGACUCAACAAUUAUUGCUUCAUUGGUCCUACAACCCUUUUUCCCUAUCAGGAUUUCAUACUUUCAUUCAUCACAGCCGUUGAAUGAAUAUCGAACUGCCCACAUCUUAUAUUGCUGACUCACAGUUAUCCAAUGUCAGCUAGUUACUUAUUUACGAGGUAUAGGAUCUCUUCACUGAAUUACAGUCGUAAACUUCCAUUUCAAAUUACAUACUUGCAUUCACCAUUUUCCAACUCCUACAAUGGCAGCAGAACUUGUUGGUGGUGCUCUUCUUUCUGCUUUUCUUCAGGUUUCAUUCGAUAAGCUGGCUUCUCCUCAAUUCCUAGACUUCUUUCGUGGAAGAAAACUUGAUGAGAAGCUGCUUGGCAACUUGAACAUAAUGCUGCACUCCAUCAAUGCUCUCGCUCAUGAUGCAGAACAGAAGCAGUUCACAGAUCCACACGUUAAAGCAUGGCUUUUUUCUGUCAAAGAGGCUGUCUUUGAUGCAGAGGAUCUCUUGGCUGAAAUAGAUUAUGAACUCACCAGAUCCCAAGUGGAAGCUGAAUCCGAAGCUCAAACCUUUACUUACAAGGUAUCAAAUUUCUUCAACUCUACUUUCAAAACCUUUAACAAGAAAAUUGAAUCAGAGAUGAAAGAACUCCUAGAAAAACUAGAAUAUCUAGCAAAGCAAAAGGGUGCUCUUGGUUUGAGAGAAGGUACUUAUUCUGGUGAUAGAUCAGGUAGUAAAGUAUCACAGAAAUUGCCAUCAUCUUCUUUGGUGGUUGAAAGUGUUAUUUAUGGUAGAGAUGCGGACAAACAAAUGAUCUGUAACUGGCUCACUUCUGAAACCGACAAUAAUAACCAUCCAUCAAUACUAUCCAUUGUGGGAAUGGGUGGGUUGGGUAAGACCAUACUCGCUCAACAUGUAUACAAUGACACAGAUAUUGAGGAGGCUAAAUUUGAUAUUAGAGCUUGGGUUUGUGUUUCUGAUCAUUUUGAUAUUUUGACAGUGACAAAAACAAUUCUUGAGGCGAUUACAAAAUCUAAAGAUGAUAGCGGAGACCUAGAAAUGGUUCAUGGAAGAUUGAAAGAAAAAGUAUCGGGAAAGAAAUUUCUUCUUGUUUUGGAUGAUGUUUGGAGCGAAAGGCGACAAGAAUGGGAAGCUGUACGGACUCCUCUUAGCUAUGGGGCUCCAGGAAGUAGAAUUCUUGUCACAACACGUGUUGAGAAAGUUGCUUCUAACAUGAGAUCUAAAGUGCAUCACCUAAAGCAACUAGAAGAAGAUGAAUGCUGGAAAGUUUUUGAAGAACAAGCUCUAAAAGAUGAUGAUCUUCAAUUGAAUGAUGAGAAAAAGGAGAUUGGUAGAAGGAUAGUUGAGAAGUGCAAAGGAUUACCCCUUGCUUUGAAAACAAUUGGAAGUCUUCUCCGNACAAAGUCAUCNANNUNANANUGGAANANCGUAUUGGAAAGNGACAUAUGGGANUUACCNAAAGAAGUUGAAAUUAUCCCUGCUUUACUAUUGAGUUAUCAGAACCUUCCUUCUCAUCUCAAGAGGUGUUUUGCUUAUUGUGCGUUAUUUCCGAAAAAUUAUGAGUUUGAAAAAGAGAAUUUAAUUUUGAUGUGGAUGGCUGAAGGUUUUCUCCAUUACUCUCCACAGAACAACAAUUUAGAAGAAAUUGGUGAACAAUAUUUUGAUGAUCUGCUAACGAGAUCUUUCUUUCUUCGGUCAACCAUCAAAAUGCAUUUCUCUAUGCAUGACCUUGUGAAUGAUUUGGCAAAAUAUGUUUGUGCAGACUUCUGUUUUAGAUUGAAAUUUGAUAAAGGAAACUGUAUACCCAAAACAACCCGUCAUUUUUUAUUUGCAUUCGAUGAUUUAAGAUAUUUUGAUGGUUCCGGAAGUUUAACUGAUGCUAAAAGACUGCGUUCAUUUGUUCCGAUUACAAAUGACUUUGUGCAUGGUGCUUUUCCUUGUCAAAUCAAGAUUUUGAUACGUGAAUUGUUCUCCAAGUGGAAGUUUUUACGGGUCUUAUCUUUGAAUGGAAAUUAUGACUUCCAAGAGGUCCCUGAUUCUGUUGGUGAUCUUAAACAUCUUCAUUCAUUGGACCUUUCUCGUACUAUGAUACGAAAACUACCUGACUCAGUAGGUUUGCUCUAUAACUUGCUGAUAUUGAAGUUGAAUGAUUGUUCAUUUUUGAAGGAAUUGCCUUCAAAUUUGCAUAAGCUCACCAAUUUGCGUUGCCUGGAAUUUGAAGAUACAGGAGUGACAAAGAUGCCAAUGCAUAUUGGAGAGUUGAAGAAUCUUCAUGUACUCAAUAUGUUUUGUGUCGAUAGAAAUAGUGAGUUCAGUACUAAGCAGCUAGGAGGAAUCAAUCUUCAUGGAAGACUAGCAAUUAAUGAGCUGCAAAAUAUUGUGAAUCCUUUGGAUGCAUUAGAAGCAAAUUUGAAAAAUAAACAACUUGUGAAGCUAAAGUUAAUAUGGAAUUGGAAUCACAUCCCUGAUGAUCCAAGGAAAGACAAGAAAGUGCUUGAGAAUCUACAACCUUCUAAUCAAUUGGAGCAUCUUUCAAUCAGGAGCUAUUGUGGUACACAAUUCCCAAGUUGGGUAUUCGAUAAUUCGUUAUCAAAUUUGGUAUCCUUAGAGUUAGAGGAUUGUAAAUAUUGCCUAUGUUUGCCUCCCCUUGGACUAUUGUCAUCUCUGAGGACCCUCAAGAUUAGAGGAUUUGAUGGAAUAGUGAGCAUUGGUGCUGAAUUUUAUGGGAGCAGCUCUUCUUCCUUCAAGUCCUUGGAAAUUUUGAAAUUCUACAACAUGAAGGAAUGGGAAGAAUGGAAAUGUAAAACUACUUCUUUUCCACGUCUUCAACAUCUUGUUAUUGUUCGAUGUUCCAAGCUGAAAGGUCUAUCACAGCAACUACUUCAUUUAAAGGAACUCAUUAUCGAGUCAUGUCGUAACCUCAUCAUUAGGGAACACAAUGAAGACACAUCAACGAUUGAACUCUUGAGAACUCGUUCAUGCCCACGUGUGAAUAUUCCCAUGACCCAUUAUGAUUUCAUUGAAGAAAUGACAAUUGAUGAUGCUUGCGACUCUCUUACAAUCUUUCAGCUAAAUUUCUUUCCAAUGCUCCGUUUACUUCAUCUAGAAGGAUGCCAAAACCUACAAAGAAUUUCACAAGAGCACCCUCAUAAUCAUCUCAAGAAAAUGUCAAUCCGUAGAUGUCCUCAAUUUGAAUCAUUUCCCAAUGAAGGAUUAUCUGCAGCAUUUCCAUCUCUUACUGAACUGGAGAUAACUUGGUGUCGAAAAGUGGAGAAGUUCCCAGAUGGAGGUUUGCCAUCAAACGUAAAACACAUGACUCUUUCAAGUUUAAAACUUAUUGCCUCCCUGCGAGAGACCUUGGAUGUCAACACAUGUCUUGAAAGCUUAUCUAUUCAAUAUCUUAAUGUGGAGUCUUUUCCAGAUGAAGUUUUGCUGCCACCUUCUCUUACUUCUUUAAGAAUCUGUCAUUGCUCAAAUCUCAAAACGCUAGACUACAAGCUUCUCCAUAACCUCUCCUCUCUCACACUUUUUGAUUGUCGUAACCUCCAAUGCUUACCUGAGGAGGGUCUGCCUAAAUCCAUCUCUUCUCUUCAUAUUGUGUAUUGUCCAUUGCUCAAGCAGCGUUGUCAGAAGCCAGAAGGCAAAGAUUGGAGAAAGAUUGCUCACAUUCAAAAUCUGAGAGUUUGAUAAUAAGAUGAAGCGCAGAAGUUCAAAAUUAGAUGUGCUAAUUCUUCUCACAUUGUAAUUGCAUCGUUUAGACAAACUCUUCUUCGUUUUGAUGUUUUUUCUAUUAGAAUGUCAUCAGAUCUCUUAGUUUGGAAUUAUAUUUAUUUAUUUGAACUAUGAAGAAAAAUAAAAGAUGGAUUUUUUAAAUACUACAAAUUAUUAUUUGGGAAUGACA